AUGCCACCGGAGCCACCUACUUUCGAGCCCGCAACUUCCUCCGUUGUUUCGUUUCGUCCUACGGAUAACACCGGCUUCACCUCCAAGGAGCCGGUACAUGACCGGAUGCCUGAACCACCCUCCCGGAUUGCCAGUAUGCCCCUGACGGGUGAGGCUGAAGCCACUGCCGCCAGUAAGGAAGUGAAGGUGGUUGAGUCUGUUUGCCCCGUGGUCAGUGAAACGCCAAAGUUCUUCCGAGAUUCUCCCGAGGAAUCCCCUGUCGGGUAUGCAAUUCCUUCUGACUGUAAUUUUAGCAAUGUCGACUUAACUCGGCUUCUCUUUUUAAUAUUCACACAAGGUUGA